UACUUCCGCAUUUGCUCACGAACCAUUAUACCAUUCCAAGGUAAAUGUGAGGACCAAAAACAUUCAGUUUUUUGUAAGGGUAAAUAGUUCAACUGAAGCUGAUGUUCUCAUUAUAAUUAGUUAGCGUGUUGUGUUAUUGAAUUGCAUGACAAGCUGGAUAGCUCCCUGUUUGUAUGUUGUGGUCUGGUAACUCUCUUGACAAUUUAUGUGUGGCUCUUUGGGUCGAAUGUCUUGCACUUCCUGUAGCUCCAACAUUUAACUUAACGAAUCAGGGGGAACAGUUUAGUGGCUCCUUCUCGGUGUUAUCAUGGCAAUGUCUGGAAGUCCUGCUGUGGUCAUGCGGCUGGUGUCCUCUGCCUACACUGCGGCCGAAAAGGCCGGUACCAUUGUGAGGAAGGUCCUUCACAGUGGAGAACUUGGCAUUGUGGAAAAGACGGGAGCUAAUGAUCUGCAGACACUGGCAGACAGACUGGCACAGCAGAGCAUUUGUGCAUCACUGUCCAGAUGUUUUCCUAAAAUCACCAUAAUUGGAGAGGAGGAGCUUCCAGAUGAGGAAAUAAAAGAAGAUCUCAUUGAGAGUGGGGUCUCAGAGGAAAUCCUUCAGAAGACAUGUCCAGAAGAAUAUAGCGGUCUCAAAGAGGAGGAGCUAGUUGUGUGGGUUGAUCCCCUCGAUGGCACAAAGGAAUAUACUGAAGGGCUCCUGGAUAAUGUGACGGUGCUUAUUGGUAUUGCAUAUGGAGGUCGAGCAAUUGCAGGUGUCAUCAACCAGCCUUUCUACAACUACGAGCUCGGAGCAGGAGCAGCUUUAGGAAGAACCAUGUGGGGAAUGCCGGGACUGGGUGCCUUUGGAUUUCAGCUGCAGGAAGUUCAAGGUGACAGGCGCAUCGUCACCACUACACGUUCCCAUAGCAACAAGCUGGUGACGGACUGUGUUGACGCCAUGGAGCCUCAUGAGGUUAUAAGAGUUGGUGGUGCUGGGAACAAGAUAAUCCAGCUUGUUGAAGGAAAGGCUUCUGCUUAUGUCUUCGCCAGUCCGGGGUGCAAGAAGUGGGACACCUGCGCUCCUGAAGCCAUUCUGCAUGCUGUUGGAGGUAAACUGACUGACAUGCAUGGCAAAGCAUACUGCUAUGAUGCUAACGUCAAGCACAUGAACUCGGCCGGCGUUCUUGCAACACUACGAAACCACGAGUACUACGUCAACAGAGUACCACAGUCAGUGCUGACGGCCCUCAAGUCACAAUGAUGUCUGUCCUCGUCUGAAAUCACACUUAUAUCAGACUAUAUUCACAUAUGACACACUCAUUCAGAGAUGUGGCACUUAAAAUCCAUCCGCACGUGCAAGAACCUUCUUCUAUAUGUGAAAAUGUCAUUUCUGUGUCAUGCAGCAUUGAAUUAACCAGAAACUUAACUCGACUUCAAUUUGUUUCAAACAAACUCGUGUGAAUCUCAAAACGUGUUAACAGACUGUUUCCGACUAAUUGGUUACAAUGCAAACGACUAGAUUUAAAUGUAUAUAAAAAAAGAUGGUCGGUAUAAGUGAAAUGUUCAUUAAGGAGUUUGAAAUGAUUUACUUGAUUAAGUGGGAACAUUAUAAUAUGACUAGACAACAACAAACUAAACGCCAUGGUCUUGAUUAAUUUUACUCUUUAUAUUGUUAUGCGAAGACUGGGGUUGCAACAAAGUUUAGUGUGUGAGAGGUCGACAUAUAAUGCUGUGAGAACGACCAUCUUGACUCCCAUUGUUUAAUCCUGACUGUACCUGCCAUGGUCUUCUCGUUUCUUUUCAUUUAACUUACACUCUUACACUGACGUCUCUACUGUUCUACACACUUCUCCUGUGAGGUGAGAGAUAAAAACAAGUUUCAGAGCUCAGAAACACUGAUGUAGAGCAUUUGAAUGCUAGUAAAGGUACAGUCCUUUUUAUAAAGUUGAAAUGGGCUUUAAUAUAAACCACCGAAGCGGUCUUGAACAUGUUCUGGCACUGUCAUAGUCAUCGAGUCACGAAACUCUACAGAUGUGUAGUUCACAUCCAAAUAAAGAGUUUGAAAUUUGUGUGGUUUAAAAAAAAGGGAAUGAUGUUGAAAAGGGACCAUUGCAACAUGGGGAUGAUACAUAAUUGUAAUUUUCCUGAUUAAUUUAAACUGACAAAAAAUCCCAGAAAGAUUGCACUACAAAUAUAUACAAUAUACAAAGUCAACCUACAGGGAAGUAGAGCUGCCUUAAUAUGGUGACAACUUACAUUUAGGGUUGGACUAUAUGCAAUUCAUCAACAGGUCUGCUUCAUGGCAAUAUUGAUGAUAACAUACCUUGAAUAGCCAAGCAUGUAUUUUACUGGAUUAGUCAAAACUAUUCACAUCUUGUUAUUUUAUCAUAAUGAUGCAUUCAUCUUUACACAUUGUGUAUUUUAACAGAAAACUACCUUGAUUUUAACGGAUUCAACUGGACAUAUAUUAAGUCUUUUUUCACACGUAAUCAGUGUGACUUCUAGGAGUGUUAAGCUGAACUGAUUAACAAUGUAUUUUUUUUCUCUUCAUAUUUACCUGAAUGUAUUCUGACAUUUAAACAUUCAGGUAAAUAUGAAGAGAAAAAAAAUGUAAAUUGUCCCAAUUAAUUUGCCUAAAUAAAUAGUUAAAUUCUCCAUGGUAAUAUUUUGAAUGUAGUCCUUAAACGUUGCCAAAAUUUCCUCAAUAAAUAUGGGACUAAAUCCUUUGCAUGAGGAAAUUCUCUAACUGGA